GAGGAGGAGGAGGCGGCCCUUUUCCUAGGUGCGUGACGACGCAGAGGAUCUCGUCUCGUCCGACCAACCGUGACCGCUGCCGCAGCGCGCACCGCCAGCCGGCCAGCCACCGCCGCCUCCUGUCGCGCGCUGCGCUCCACAGGCGGGCCACGCGCGGCAGCUCGGCACGCCAGCGUUUCCUCUUUAUAAAAGCGGACACUGUGCGCGCGGCGCAGGUCAAAGCUCCCUCCCCCCGCUCUCAAGGGCCUCCUCGAGAUUCAAGAAGAAGCCGAUCGAGGGAGGAAACCGGAAGGAAAGGCAGGCGAGAGAUCAUCAGAGGGGGGAUCGAGCUAGGCGCUAUGCUCCCGGCCGCCAAUGUGCCGGCGCGGCAGCGCGGGCGCCGGAGCGGCGGCGCCCCCCGCCGCCUCGCCGCGGCGGUGCUCCUCCUGGCGCUGCUCGCGCUCUGCUGCCGCGGUCGCGCCGACGCCGUGGCUUCUUCUCUCGCGGGUCGUGCACCUGCGGCGGAGGAGAAGGGAGUGGCGAGCGCGCUGGAGCAGGAGAAUGCCAGAGCACAGGAGGUGGAGCGCGGGCACGACGUGACCUUGUCGGCUGAGGGGGUGGCGGGGGAGGAAGACGACGGACAGGUGAUGCCGGGGAGGGUGGAGCUGGAGGCGAUCCUGCAGGACUACAGGACCAGCGCCAACACCAAGCACGACCCACACCCAUGAUCGGCGAUCGCCGGCAGCUGGAUCGCCGCCGCGUGGGGAGCAGUCGAUCACAGCCGCAUGGGUAGCUAGCUUUGUGGCAGCAGGAGCAGGACCAAGCAGCAGGAUCACUAGAGUAGUGGCAGUACUUGUCGCGGGCGCCGGCGUGCGUGCGUGCUCAGCAAUCACUUCGUCUUCUUUUCUUUUCCCUUUUGCUCUUCUUUAAUUUCGCCUCAGACCGAUCGAUGUCUAUCUCCAUGACUCCAUACAAGAGCAAGCAGACUUCAUUUUUGCUUUGUUGUUGUGUCGGUAUACGGUGACUCAUAUCAGUUAUCACUGUGAUCCUAGCUGGUUUAACAUGCGACUCAAUCCUUUGAUUAA